CUGGUGAUCUAUGGAGACCCUGGUUGAUGUCUAUGAUCUCUGGUGCUUCUAGAGAUCACGCUGAAUUCCAGUGUCCAUACUGAUACUUGAGGUCAUAUUGAGGUUAUUUGUUCUUAUGUGGCACUGGAGAUCAGACUGAUGUCUGAGAUCCUACCUGCUGCAGGGAAUUCUGUUGAUGUCCCUGAUGCAUGCAUAUAGCACCCACUGUCAUCCCUAAAAUGUACAAUAUUCUUACUACCACCAGAAUAGCUAGUGAUGUUGAUGACCUAUCCUGUCACUGGAGAAGAGGUGCAUGGCCAUAAUUUGUUCUUCCCUCUGAGUCAAUGCUGAUGUCUGAUACACACACACACACACACACACACACACACACACAAAAUCUGGCAACAGACAUCAUGGCCAUCAGACCCAAGACUAUCGUUCCCAAUGGCAACCUUACUGUCAGGGAUCCGUCUGCCCCUGGGAACCAUUUUAAUGUCACUGAUGCAAAGGGACUGCAGAAACGUGGAUGAUGUAAAUCAUACAUGCUGCCUCUAGUAGCCAUGUUAUAAUCCAUAGUCAGUGCUGCUCCUGAAGACACUGUGCAUCUUAAUUCCUGAGACCAUCAGAAUCUACAAGGAAGUUCAGUCGAUUGUGCUGUCUUGGGUCGUGUUGAGUUACAUGUUCUGAGAUAUGCUGAAAGUCAUAUACCGUGGCAUCAGAUGCCACUGUAUGUCCAUGAUAUUUGAGGCUUCCAGUAGCCAAUAUGUCAAUAUGUUCCCUGCUGACUCUUGUGACCACAUUAAUGUGACACUCAUUCACUGACAAUGGACUCACUACUGAUGUCUGUUAUCUAUGCUUCUAAGAAGCUUAUGGCCAUUCACAAGCAGUUUAAUGUAAGGAUGCAUCCUGCAACUAGAAAAAGAGUAUUUUCUACAUGGUCAUACCUGCCCUCUGAAAGGAUUUUGAUGUUCCUUGUACUUCCUGGGAAUGGAAACCAUGUGAUAUCACAGAUCCCUGAUGCCACAGACAAACAGAUCAGGAGUUAUACCUACUCCCACUUUGGAUCAGAUUGAUGACAUCUGUGAUCCCAACGACCCAGGGACAUGGAUUGACAUGACUGAUCCAUGCUGUCACUGGUAACCAUGUUGACGUUCAUAGUCUGUGUGGUCAUCGAAAAGCUACCUGAUGUCUUUGAUCAAUAACCAGAGGAAACUAUUGUGAAGUCUAUGGUAAGUAUUGCCUCUUAAGACCAUAAUGAGGUAAGUGGUAUUUGCUGCCGUAAGAUGGGUUUGAUGCCUGUGAUCUGAACUGCAACCUGAAGAUAUGUUGAUGUCAGGGCUGUAUGCUGUGACCAGCGAUCAUGAUGGACUCCAUUGCCCCUAUUGCUGAUGGAGAUCGUGGUUAUGGUUAUGAUCCCUGUUACAGCUUGAGAACCUGUUGAAUUUCAAGGUUUACACUGAUGCUGGAGGGUAUGUUGAGGUCAGUGUUCUGAGCUGACACGGUAGAUGAGAUUGAUGCUUGAGAUCCCAUCUGCCACAGGAAAUCCCAUUGAUGUCCCCGAUACAUGCAUUUCGUGCCCGCUAUCAACCAUGUGAUGUACAAGGUUGUUACUGCCCCCAGAAUUGUCCUGUCAAGGAUCAAUCUUGCCACUGGAAAAGAGGUUUAUGACCAAAAUUUAUUCUGCCCCUUUGAUCUAUGUUGAUGCCAUUGAUAGAUAUAUAAGUGGCAAUAGACACCCUUGUAUUGCCCAAGGUACAUGCUGUCAUUGACUACCUUGUUGUCAGUGGUCCCUGAUACCACUGAGGACUAUGUUAAUGCCACUAACUCAAAAUGCAGAAACUCUGAUGAUAUCCAUUGUUCAUGCUGCCUCCAGUGGUCCUGUUUAAACCCAUGGUCCACGAUGCUUCUGAUGAAAUUGUUAAUGUCCAGGAUCCCUGAGGCUAGCAGAACAGAAGGUGAAGCUUUAGGUCGUACUGUUCCUCCAGGUCAUGUUGAGUUCCAUGUUCUAUGUCUUAUAGAGGUCACAUAUAUGGUGGUAAAAUCCACCAUUGUAUGUCCGUGAUACUUCAGGCCUCCAAACAGAUGUGAUUAUAGUGAUCUCUGCUGCCUUAUGGAGCAACAUAAAAAUGCGUGACUCCAAUUGCCAGUGGAAUCUAUACUGUUAUCAGUCACCCAUUCUUCUGCCCAAUGAGACCUUGUUAUUUAUGAGAAGUGUGUUGUCAGCUGUAACAAUUUUUAUGUCAAAGAUCCAUCCUGCCACUAGAGUUGAGAUUUCUGAACAUGGUCAUCCCUGCCCUCUGGAAUAUCUUGAUGGCCCUGAUGCUUCCUGGCAGCAGACAAGAUGGUGUGUCUCAGAUCCAUGCUGCCAUAGUCAACCAGGUCCUGAGGGAUCCAUACUGCUACUUUGAACCAGUUAAUGACAUCAGAGAUCCCAACUGCCAAGUUAAAUGUAUUGAAAUCACUUAUCUACAAUGCAACUGGUAACCAUGUUGAGAUCCUGUAGAUAGUAUUGUCUUUGAAGAGUUCUGUGCUGUCUGUGAUCCUGUAGCCAGAAGAGUCUAUUGUGAAGGUCCAUGGUCAGUAUUGCUCCUAAGGUCAUAAAGAGGUAAGUGCUGUGCUGUUACUGGAGAUACCUUUGACACCUAUGAUCAUACCUGAAACCUGCUAUGUUGACAUCAGUGCUGUAUGAUUUGACCAAUGAUCACGACACAUCCCAUUGUGUCUGUUACUGAUGGAGACCCCGGUCAUGGCUAUGAUCUCUGCCAAUGCUUGAGGACAUGCUAAAUUUAAAGGUCCAUACUGACACUAGAAAUCGUUUUGAGGUAUGUGUUCUGAUCACAUUGAUAUAUGAGAUCCUACAUGCCACUAGAAAUUCCAUUGAUGUCCCUGAUGCAUGCAUGUCACCCCUGCUCUAGACCAUUAGUUCACUGAUCAUGACAAGGGACCCCAUUGUAUGUUUACACUCUUUGAGGCUACAUGCAGCAAUGUUCUCAGUGACCCUUUCUCCCACUUGGGACUGCAUCAAUAUGAGUGAUUGUAACUCUCACUGGAAUCUCUACUGAUGUCAGUGAUGAUUGCUUCUGUCACCUGUUCUUUAUGAGAAGUAUACUCUAAGCUGUUACAAUUUUGAAGUCCAUGAUCCAUCCUGACACUAUAGUUGUCAUUUCUGUUCAUGGUCCUUUCUGACCUCUGAAACUAUCAUGAUGUUCCUGAGACUUCCUGGCAAUAGAUACCACGGCAUAUCCAAGAUCCCCUAUGCCACAGGCAACCAGGAUUUUAGUGAUCCCUCUUGACACGUUGGACCAGAAUGUGACAUCAGCUGUCUUAUUUGCUAAGAGAAAUAUAUUGAUUUUACUCAUGCAUUGUACCAUUUGUAACCACACUGAGAUCCGUAGUCAGUGGUGUCUCUGAAGAGCUUGCUGAUGUCUUAUGAUCACUAUGCCUAGAAGCGUCAACUGAAAAGUUCAUGGUCAGAACUGCUGCCCAAGUCAUAACAAGACCCUGUCAAUGAUCUGCGUUGCUGCAUGAGAACAGGCUGAAUAUUACAGUGCAUAUUGAUGUGUAUGGUUAUAUUGAGACCUUGUUAUAAAUAAUACCCUUGCUGCUGCAAGAAGACGUUUGAUGUAACUGAUCCCUCCUGAUUCCACCAGAGAGGUGAUUUAUGUCUAUAAUGACUUCUGCUCUCUGAAUCUACACUGAUGUCAGGGGAUACACUUGUCAGCAGACACCAUACUAUAUCUAGAAUCCCUGCUGCCAAUAGCAACCAUCAUAUUAGAGAUUUGUGCUGCCACUUUGGACCAGGGUGAUAAUAUCAAUGAUCCCAACUGCCAACAGAAAUAUAGUGAAGGUAGUCAGUCAUUCAUGCUGUCACCUGUAACUCUAUCGAUAAUCCACAGACCAUGCUGACUCUGAAGUCCUUGCUGAUGUCUGUUAUCCUUAUUGCUAGAAGAGUCUGUCUUGAAGUCAAUACUGCUGCCUAAGUCAUGUUGACUUAAGUAUACUGUGCUUCAAGCAGAGAUGAAUUUCAUAUCUGUGACCUGACUUGGUGACCUGAAGCAGUGUUGAUGUCUGUGCUGUCUACUGACAUCGGUAAUCACGAUUGUGUUCGCUGUUUCUUUUAAGAUACUACUCAGUGAAAGAAUCUAUGAAACGUCCAUGAUGCAGGUCGUAGCCCCUGCUGUGGACUGUAUUAUGUCUAAGAUCCACACUGCAAUCAGAAGAACUAGUAAAGUCAGUGAUCCAUCCUGUCCAUGGAGAUGUUCAUGUUAAUGUUCUCUGUGGCACUGUGAAUCUACUGAUGUCUAUGCUACACCUAGAAACAGAUACCAUGGUAUUGCCCAAGAUCAAUCCUGCCACAAGCAACCUUAAUUUCAGCGAUCCCUGUUGCGAAUGAGUACCACGCUGAUAUCAAGAAUUCAAAGUGCCACCCAGAAACUAUAUUGAUGUCCAUCGUCAAUGAUGCUACCAGGAGCUAUAUUGAAACAUAUAACCUGUGUUGCUUCUGAAGAAAUUGCUAAUGUCAAGGAACCCUGUGCCUACCAGAGCCUCAGGUGAAGUGUGCCUACCAGAGCCUCGGGUGAAUAGUCAAUAGUGCUAAGUUUAUGUUGAGUUAACCUUUCUGUGAUAUGUUGGGGUCACUGAUACAUUGUGGCAACAGACACCAUUGUAUGUCCAUGAACCUUGAUGCCACUAGCAGGCACAGUGUCAGUGAUCACUGGUGAUACCUGGGACCGCAUUAAUCUGAGUGAUUCCCACUGCCACCAGAAUCUAUACUGCUGUCAGUGAGCCAUUUUUCUGCCAUCUGAGACCAUGGUAUAUGUGAAAUAUGUCCUGCCUGCUGUACCCUUGUUGAUUCAGGGUUUCAUCCUGCUGUUAGAGAAGAGGUUUCUGUCUAUGGACCUGUCCUCUGAAACUGUAUCAAUGUCAUUGAUACCUCCUGGAAGCAAAGUGUAUCCAAGAUCAUGGCUGCCUUGGGCCCACCAGCAACCAUCAGGUGUUCAUUAUUCCUAAUGACGUCCUACUUGUCACAGGAAAUUAUGGUGAUGUCCGGGAUGUAUGAAUGUAGCCCCUCUGUAGACCAUGCCAUGGAUAAAAUCCUAAUUGCCACCAGAAUAGUUACUGAUACAAAUAACCUUACAGAUACCUGCCAGCUGUAACUAUUUUGAUGUUGAGGGUCCAUCCUGCAACGAGAGAAGAGGUUUGAAUCCAUGAUCUGACCUUCUGUGAUGAAACUAUGGUGUCAAUGAUAACUCCAUGGUAACAAACAUUAUGGUACAGUCCCAAUCCAUGCUGCCGCAGGCUACAGAAUGUUAAUUAUCCCUGGUCCUACAUUAUUAUUACUAUUUUAGUGAUCCCACCUACCAGUGGAAGCAAAGUUGAUGUCAGUGCUACUUGUUGUCACCAGCAAAUAAGAUGAAGUCCUUCAUUGUCAUUGAGAUUCUACCUGCCUCAGGAAACUAUGGUGAGGUCCUUGAUGCAUGCUUACAUCCGUUGCUAUAGACAACAUCAUGUAUAAUAUCAUGUAUACUACCACCCGAGGUGGUAUUUAUGGUAGUGACCCAUCCUGUGACUCAAGAAGAGAUUUAUGACCAUAACCUCUUCCACGCUCCAUAUAUGCUGAUGUCACUGACAUACUGGCUGAGCACCGUGAGAUGUUGAGGUCACUGAUAUAUUGUGAGACAUGGACAUAGUUUCUGACGGCAGGUUGGAUUCUGUGAUAUUAGUACCACGGAAGUGCAGACACAGGGCAAGUGCAGUGUAGACAGGGAUCAGGGCCCUGCUGUCUGUGGUCUUCACAGGGGUCUCUCUUCAGUGGACAAGGGGGUCUACCUGCUGAGACAAAGACCCAGGUCCACACAGACAAACUCAGGACACAGAAUGAAGAUCCUUGUUUAAAAAAAAAUACCGACCUGGAGCUACAGACUACAUCCAGGAAGUAACACAAGGAAUCUGUGUCUAAACACAGGGCUGAGAAAAUAGAUCCCGAGGGACGAGGCAAAGUCUCCUCUUUACAGAUGAGAGUCCUGCACUCAGGUUUUAGAGUGUGAGUCUCCCAUUGCAGGUGAACACAGAGCCUGAUCUCUAUGGAGUCCGUGUGGGGAUUGCAGACAGCGCCUCUGCUUUAAGAAGAAGCAUCCCUCCACUGCAUCCCCAACUGCUUGUGUUGCCACUGUAUUCCUGGAAGCGGCUUUUCUUCUAUAAGAGUCCAGGUUCUGACUUCUGAAGAGAAGAAAGAGGAAGGGUGGAGGAGAGGACACAGAGAGUCUGACCUGCGGGUCUCUCCUGGUGUCCAGACAGCUUCUGGGUCAGAACUCGGAGAAUCAUGACAAACAGCGCUCUGUCUGCAGCACAGGGUUCAGGCAAAGUCUUAGUCUCUAGGUGGUGAUGUCAGGGGUGGGGAAGCCAAGGGUUGGGGAUUCCCCAUCUCCCCAGUUUCACUUCUGCUUCUAACCUGUGUCAAGUCCUUCUGCCCGGACACUGAUGACGGAAGGGCAACUCUCACUCCCAUUGGGUGAUGCGAUCUCUGGGAACCAAUCAGCGUCGCCGCGGGCACUGAUUUUAAAGUCGAAGCAGCCGCGGGACUCCGAGGUCCUGGAUCUGAGAUGUGGGCGAUGGCUCAGCGCACGCUGCUCCUGCUGCUGGCGGCCACCCUGGCCCCGACCCAGACCCGCGCGGGCUCACACUCUCUGCGGUAUUUCCACACCGCCGUGUCCCGGCCCGGCCUCGGGGAGCCCUGGUUCAUCGCUGUCGGCUACGUGGACGACACGCAGUUCGAGUGCUUCGACAGCGACGCGGAGAAUCCGAGAUACGAGCCGCGCGUGCGGUGGAUGGAGCAGGAGGGGCCGGAGUAUUGGGAGCGGCAGACACAGGGAGCCAAGAGCAACGAGCAGAUUUACGAAGGGAGCCUGAGGAACCUGCUCGGCUACUACAACCAGAGCGAGGACGGCUCUCACACGCUCCAGCGGAUGGUCGGCUGUGACGUGGGGUCUGACGGGAGCCUCCUCCGUGGGUACUGGCAGUACGCCUACGAUGGCCGCGAUUACAUCGCCCUGAAUGAAGACCAGAAAACGUGGACGGCGGCGGACACGGCGGCGCAGAUCACCCGACGCAAGUGGGAGCAGACUGGUUUUGCAGAGAGAUGCAGGGCUUACCUGGAGGGCACGUGCCUGGAGUGGAUCCGCAGAUACCUGAAGCUCGGGAAGGAGACGCUGCUGCGCACAGAUCCUCCUACAGCACAUGUGACCCAUCACCCCAGAUCUGAAGGUGAUGUCACCCUGAGGUGCUGGGCCCUGGGCUUCUACCCUGCUGACAUCACCCUGACCUGGCAGUUGAAUGGGGAAGACCUGACCCAGGACAUGGAGCUUGUGGGGACCAGGCCUUCAGGGGAUGGAACCUUCCAGAAGUGGGCAUCUGUGGUGGUGCCUCUUGGGAAGGAGCAGGAUUACACUUGCCAUGUGCAACAUGAGGGUCUGUCUGAGCCCCUCACCCUGAGAUGGGAGCCUCCUCCAUCCACUGACUCAAACAUGGCAAUCAUUGCUGUUCUGGUUGUCCUUGGAGUUGUGGCUGUCAUUGGAGCUAUGGUGGCUUUUGUGAUGAAGAGGAGGAGAAAUACAGGUGGAAAAGGAGAGGACUAUUCUCCAGCUCCAGCAUGAAGACAGCAGCCUGGAGUGGACUGAGUGACAGACAGUGUGUUCAGGUCUCUCCUGUGACGUCCAGAGUCCUCAGUAUUCUUUAGACGACAGUGUCUUAUGUUCGCUGUGAUUCUAUGGGCUCAAUAUGAAGAACUGUGGAGCCCAGCCUGCCCCUGCAGCCCAGGACCCUGUCCCUGCACUGCCUGUGUUCCCUUCCACAGCCAACCUUCCUGGUCCAGCCAAACACUGGGGGACAUCUGCAUCCUGUCAGCUCCAUGCUGCCCUGAGCUGCAGCUCCUCACUUCCACACCGAGAAUAAGAAUCUGAGUGUGAACCUGAUUGUUAACGUCUUGACCUGAGGGUUGAUUGCUUGUGAAUUUAAUGGAUUAAGAAUACUUAGAGUUUUGUUGGAGAAAUAAAUGGCAGAUGGAGAACCUUCUAGAA